AGGUGCACCUGGCUGCAGGGCCACAUGGGGAACAGUGCGCUGAAGUCUCACCUGGAAACCUCCCAGAAGACCGGGGUGUUUCAGCUGACAGGGAAAGGACUGCAGGAGUUUCCAGAGGAGCUGCAGAGGCUCACCAGUAACCUGAGGACGGUGGAUCUGUCCGGGAACAAGAUCGAGGUUCUUCCUGCUGCCAUUGGAAACUUUCUGCAUCUCAAGAGUCUGACGCUCAACUCCAACAGACUCACCAGUGUUCCCAGUGAGAUCGGGAAGCUGAAGAAGCUGGAGACCCUGAGUCUGAAUGGGAACCGAAUCCAGCAGCUGCCCCCCUCUUUGGGCCAGCUCAAAGCCCUGCGGACCCUCAGCCUGGCUGGGAACCAGAUCUCAGACUUCCCCCCUGGACUGGCGACCCUGAGGCAGCUGGACCUGCUGGACCUGUCCCGAAACCAGAUCCAGAAUGUCCCUGCAGAGGUUUCUGAGCUGCAGGCUAUCGAGAUCAACCUCAACCAGAACCAGAUCUCAGUGUUGUCGGCAGAGGUGUCUCAGUGUCCUCGUCUGAAGGUUCUCCGCCUGGAGGAGAACUGUCUGGAGCUGUCCUCCAUCCCUUUAUCCAUCCUGACCGACUCCCAGGUGUCUCUGUUCUCUGUGGAGGGAAACCUGUUCGAGGUGAAGAAGCUCAGGGAUCUGGAAGGAUAUGACAAGUACAUGGAGCGUUUCACAGCCACUAAGAAGAAGUUUGCCUGAAGACCCUCAUUGACAAGUCUGAACCUCAAACCACCACCUGGACCCCCCCCCCCCCAACCCACACACACACGCACACACACACACCCCUGCAGCUGGUGCUUCUUUUGCAACUAAAAACCAGACAUCACACAGCUGGCUCAGCCCCCCCCCCCGCCUGCAGGACCAACACCAAGACCUGCUGCCGCUGCAGGUUUGAGGACAUCUAACCAAACACAGGUAACAUGAAAGGCUCGCAUGGACCAACAUAGGAGACAUUUAACAUGAGAGAAGAAGACAAAGUGUAGCUGAUGUCCAACAGUGGACGGCAGAGACUCAGGGACAGACACAUGGACAUUAACAGACUGUUCCUCCUUAAAUGAUCUUUUUCUUUUAACACUUCAAUUCCUCUAAAAGUAGGAAACGUUAAGUCUGAUCAGAGUUUGAUCUCAUUUGUGAGGAUUUUCUGCUUCUCUUUGUCAAAUGUGGCAGUAAACUGAAUGUCUUUGGAUUUUGGAGGACAGAUUGGACAACAUGAGCAAUUUGAUGACAUCUUCUUAACCCUUAGGACAGUGUGUCAGGUCAAUUUGUUUCGUAGACCAAACAAUGAACACACUAAUCAAUAAUGAAAAUAAUCAUUAGCCCGAGGCGUUUAAUAUCUGAAAUGUUAAAAAACAGUGAAAGUUGUUUUUUCUGACUGACAGUUUAAAACCUUAAGACAUUCAAUUUACUGUCAGAUACAAAACACAAGAAACCGCAAAGCCUCGUGUUUGAGAAAAUGGAACCCGUGAAUGUUUUCCAAUGAAGCUUGAAUUGAAAUGAAUAUUCUGUCGAUGGACUCGUCGUUGCAGCUCUAAUGUAAACGAUAAUGUCUCUGUGAUCCCCAGUAGAAGCUCUGAGGCUUUGGACAAAGACGAAUGUAAAGGUAAAGACCCAGAGACGUUCAUUUUUCUACUGAUUUUCAGGGAAAGGAAAAUCCCGAUCAGGUUGAAACAUAUUUAAAGCCCACCGUUUUUCUCAUAACAUACUUUUGACUUGUUCAAAGGUUUGACUUAUUUCAUAGUUCUUUGACUAAUUUUAGUUUUACCACGAGUGUUUGUACUUUGAUCUUCUCGGACUUUCCAUGAGUUUCUUUUUCUUUUCCUGGCAGAGUUGGUCUUCCAUAGCAAUGUUGGAUCUGACACACCGAGAGCUUUUAUUUCAGGUUUUCAGUUUGUUCUAAACGUCCCGUCAGUUUGAUGGAGACCAGUCCUCAAUCCUUCACCUGUCAACUUUCAUCCUAAUUAUUUAUUCUUCCUAUUUAAUGAAAUUCAAAUAAAGCUCAGUGCAGACAUGAGACAAAAACCUUGAAGGCUCAGUCCACCAACCCUGCUAUUAUUACAGGUAAUUCGUAAAUAUCACGUCAUGUUGUUUCCCUCUGACUGUUAGAUUUCAAUGUUUUUAUGUCCCACAUCUGACAGCUCCGUGUGAAAUGAAGCUUUCACUGUGAAGCAGCUGAUAAGUUUGUUUUGUGUCUGAUCUGAGGUCAGUUUGCUCACUUCAGCUUCAGCUCAGGACUUUUCUUCUUUAAAUGCUCUAAAUAAUGAACAGAGCUCAGUCACGAUGAGGCAAAGUUUAUAGGGGGAGAGUGUGGAUAAGAAGAUGGGGUUAUUUAGUUUGAAAGAAAAGAUGUUUAAAUCCAACACUUCCUGCUGAUCAUUUCACACGAACCACACGCUCCAAACAGAUUUAACUUACUGAAGAUUUUAUGUAACAAGUUUGAACUCAUUCUGUCUUUAGCCUUAAAGACGCUGCAUGUUUUAAGGAUUUAACCUUCCAGUUAAAUUGUUGUGAUUUCUUCUUCCUCUGAAAGUUUCAUCUGUGUUAAUGAGCAUGAACUACAGCUCCAGGUCAUUUGACAUGAAACUGAGAAACACACUAAAGUUUGUGGUUCUGCCUGUACAGAGCAGAGUCCAGGGCUGAUAAUGAUAUUUGGGAGAUUUAAAGAUCGGGCAAUAAUAUGUCCGCUGAUAUUCACUGGUCUUUACACACGCCGUAGCAUAAUGAAACGUUUUGUUAGGGGCAGGGCAGAACAUGGUACGGUGUCUUUACUCUCCGGUGAACAAGCUACAGAACAGCGACCCUGUUCUCUGGUGUUUCUCUGCUUUGUUUUCUUGUCGUUUAUCAGCUGAUACACACUGAUACCGAUGUUUCCGCAGUGAGAUGAUAUCGGUCGGGCUCUGGUUCCUGAUGACGAUCCAUCUUUGAAGUUAAGCUCCUACAAACGCUCUUUAGUUUCCGCGUGUGUUUCCCGAAGCAGAAGUUAGUCGAAGCUUAAUGUGAUGAGGUCUGAUGUAUCUGCUGCUGGAGGCCGACGUUCCUCUGAGACUCACAUUAAACCUGAAAUAAAUCAGCGAAGG